AUGGCCACCUUCCUAGAUACCCCUAGUCCGCUCCCAGGCUCCUUUCUGCCUGCGAACGAAGCCUCCUUCCGAUGCACCAACUUCAGUUCUUCAUUAUUUCUCCCUCCGACACCUGAUCAGUCUCGAUCAACCCCCACAUCAUCCAGCCUAACUCAAAGCCUCCGCACCAAGCCAUCUUCCCAGAUAGCAUCAAGAAAACGACCACGUUUGGAGCCUGUAUCUCGUCGCGACACUACCUCUCCUCCCCCACUUGUAAACACGAACUACCGUAUCGCUGGAGGACUCGACACUCCGACAUCCCUCGCGGUGCAGAGGGAGGAGGAAGAAGGCCAAGACGAGUUUGAAGCAGAUUGUCGGCCGAACAGGUACGCCGAGACCGGAACGUCGUACUUUCCUCAAACGCCGGCACCUGGCAAGCGUAGAUUGUCUCAGUCCCCGACGCAUGGAGGCUGGGGGAAGACUGUCUGGGCGCUAACAGGAGGCAUUGCCGGAAAAGUCAUCAACUUCUGCUGGAACAACACGUUCAAGGGCUUUCAUGCAGGUGGAGGGAAAGGCUACGAAUUCGACAUUAGCACUCCAGACGUGUCUUCGCUCACCAUCCAUGAGGUCGAUGCGGCGCAGGACGUAUUUCAUGACGCCUACGAACACACAUCCAGACGAGAUCGAGACAGGACACCCAUACCAGGCGGGUUCCCAGAGGAGCAAAGUUUCGUGUUUGACGGCUUCGACACGUCACGGACCAAGAGUUUCGAGAGACGAAACGACUGGGUCAUUGUCGAUGAUCCAGAACACGACAGGGACGCAAGCCCAGUAAGAAAGAAGUCUCGGGCCAGCACAGCGAACCUCUACGCUCGUCAGCCGACGCGGCAAGCAAGCACUCAACAUCUCCCUCGGCCUCGGCUCGCGUCGCGAACAUCUUCUCAGAAAUCGUCGGCGUCAUAUGCAUCCCCGCGAUCGUCGGCCAUGUCUGCUGCGACGAAACCGCAGCAUCGCAGAUCGGUAUCUUCGUUCGAGCCAACUGCCAUCGAUCCUAGACCGAACAGUAGAGCUUCGAUGGCGUCACCCCGUCGGCAGUCGUCCCAGGUCCACGCCGCACAGGCGUCUCCUGAAGUUCGCAAAUUCGAGCAGAAGAUGCGUCGGAAGGAAGCCAAACAAGAUCAAACGAUGAACAGGUUCAACGCACAAUUGCAGGCAAUGAUUCGCGAGGGCCAGCAAGCGUUGGGUUCGAAAAUCGAAGUCGUCGAAGAUGCCAUGAGUGAUGUCGAUGUCGACGAAGGAUACGAAGAGGGUAGUGAAGCAGACAGAUGGGGAAGGUAG